GCAGCUCCACAACACAGAGGCCGAGUUAGUUGAACUUCUCUCGGACUUUGUUGAACUCUUUUCCCGCUCUGACCGGAGACAUGAGAGGGUCCCGCCGGUACCGGCUGGUGUAACGGCUGAGUGUUCCCGGUGGUGUUCCCGUGAAGCCUCCGGUUGAAGAGGACUUUCUACCGGGAGGUCAGCUCCAGGAUGGCAGCAGCGUCCUACGACCAGCUGCUGAGGCAGGUGGAGGUUUUAAAGAUGGAGAACUCAAACCUGCGACAGGAACUACAAGACAACUCUAAUCACCUGACCAAGCUGGAGACGGAGGCCUCCAACAUGAAGGAAGUGCUGAAGCAGCUGCAGGGCACCAUAGAAGAAGAGUCUGGGGAGACAACGGGAUCUCAGCUGGAACUCAUCGAGAGACUGAAAGAGAUGAGCCUGGAGUCAGCAGGAUUGAAGCCCAGGACGAGGCCUCCUCUUCCCCCUUCGUCCUCGUCCAGUUCGGCCUCGUCUGGUUCUGGGACUCCUGGAGCAGCUGGAGGCUCCGCAGCUGCAUCCGUCCCCAGGAGAGGGCUGCCGUCUGCGGGCAGAGACAGCCACGACCGCUGCCUGGAGGAGCUGGAGAAGGAGAGGUCUCUGCUGCUGGCUGAGCUGGAGAAGGAGGAGAAGGAGAAGGACUGGUACUACGCUCAGUUACAGAACCUGACCAAGAGGAUCGACAGCCUGCCGCUCACCGAGAACUUCACUCUACAGACUGACAUGAGUCGCCGUCAGUUGGAGUUUGAAGCUCGACAGAUUCGAUCAGCGAUGGAGGAACAGCUCGGAUCCUGCCAGGAGAUGGAGAGGAGAGCUCAGGCUCGGGUUUCUCGUAUUCAGCAGAUAGAGAAAGACAUUCUGAGGCUGGGAGCUCGUCUGCAGGUGGAGGAAUCUCCGGGGCCGAGUGACAGCAGUGUAUUAGCUGCAGCUCAGAGCUCCAGCAGCCGAUUGGACCACGAACCGGCCAAUGAGACGAGCUACUCUGUGCCUCGACGAAUCACCAGCCACCUGGGAACCAAGGUGGAGAUGGUGUACAGUCUUCUGUCCAUGUUGGGGACUCACGAUAAGGACGACAUGUCGCGGACGCUGCUCGCCAUGUCCAGCUCUCAGGACUCGUGUAUCGCGAUGCGUCAGUCCGGCUGCCUGCCGCUGCUCAUCCAGCUGUUGCACGGCAACGACAAAGACUCCCUGUUGCUCGGUAACUCCCGGGGCAGUAAGGAGGCGCGGGCGCGAGCGUCGGCGGCGCUGCACAACAUCGUGCACAGCCAGCCGGACGAUAAGAGAGGCCGGAGGGAGAUCAGAGUGCUCCACCUGCUGGAGCAGGUGAGACAUUACUGCGAGGCGUGUUGGAGCUGGCAGGAGAACCACGAGAGGGGCGUCGACCAGGAAGACAACCCCAUGCCGUCUCCAGUGGAGCAUCAGAUCUGUCCGGCCGUCUGUGUUCUCAUGAAGCUUUCCUUCGACGAGGAGCAUCGACACGCCAUGAACGAGCUCGGUGGGCUGCAGGCGGUGGCUGAGCUGCUGCAGGUGGACUGUGAGAUGUUCGGUCUGAGCAGCGAUCACUACAGCGUCACGCUGCGCCGCUACGCCGGCAUGGCGCUCACCAACCUGACCUUCGGAGACGUAGCCAAUAAGGCCACGCUGUGCUCCAUGAAGGGCUGCAUGAGAGCCAUGGUCGCCCAGCUCAAGUCCGAGAGUGAAGACCUGCAGCAGGUGAUAGCGAGCGUCCUGAGGAACCUGUCGUGGCGAGCUGAUGUGAACAGUAAGAAGACGCUGCGUGAGGUGGGCAGCGUGCGAGCGUUGAUGGGCUGCGCUCUCGAGGUUCAAAAGGAGUCGACUCUGAAGUCCGUACUGAGCGCGCUCUGGAAUCUGUCGGCUCACUGCACGGAGAACAAAGCGGACAUCUGCGCGGUGGACGGAGCGCUGGCGUUCCUGGUGGGAACGCUGACGCACCGCAGCCACACCAACACGCUCGCCAUCAUCGAGAGCGGCGGAGGAAUCCUACGCAACGUCUCCAGCCUCAUCGCUACUAACGAGGCACACAGGCAGAUCCUUCGUGACCACGGCUGCCUGCCGACUCUGCUGCAGCACCUGAAGUCUCACAGUCUGACCAUCGUGUCCAACGCCUGCGGGACGCUCUGGAACCUGUCGGCACGCGACGCCAAAGAUCAGGAGGCAUUAUGGGAGCUGGGCGCCGUGGGCAUGCUGCGCAAUCUCAUCCACUCCCGCCACAAGAUGAUCGCCAUGGGCAGCGCCGCCGCUCUGCGCAACCUGAUGGCCAACCGGCCGGCACGCUACAAGGACGCCAGCGUGGUGUCGCCGGGCGCCGGCGCCCCGUCGCUGCACGCCCGCAAACAGAAGGCGCUGAUCGAGGAGCUGGACGCCCAGCAGCUGUCCGAGACCUUCGACAACAUCGACAACUUGAGCCCCAAGGCGGCUCACAGGAAGGGGCGGGGCUGCAACGGCGCCGGCGGAGGAGCAGGAAGCACGACGCGCUCGUACGCCAUCACGCCCGUGCUGUCGAGUCCGAAGAACGGAGACGGAGCGAAGAGGCCGAGCGAGGAGGCGCCGUACGCCCGGCCGGUGUUCUCGCCCAGCGUGCGAGCGUCCAGCGACAGCCUCAACAGCGUCACGAGCGCCGACGGCUACGGCAACCGCGGCAAAACCAAACCAUCGUCCUCAGAGCCGUUCUACUCGUCAGACGAGAGCGGAGCCAACAGGUGCUGCGUCUACAGGAAGUACCCCGCCGACCUGGCGCACAAGAUCCGUAGCGCCAACCACAUGGCCGACGACGACGGCGCCGAGCUGGACACGCCCAUCAACUACAGCCUGAAGUACUCCGACGAACAGCUGAACUCUGGGAGGCAAAGCCCGAGUCACCGCGGCGGCAUCGAGAGCGACGAAGACGACGAGCAGGACGCCCGGCUGAGGAGGAGAAAUGACGCCGGCGACUCUGCGACGAGCGGCGGGCGCAUGAUGUCCGUACAGCCGUCACGCUACGUUGUCGUCACGGCAACAUCGAACUACAGCGGCGACGCGGCGAGCGAGCAGCCGAUUGACUACAGCCUGAAAUACGGCGCCGAUGCUCCUCGUAAGACUUUGUUCAAACCAGAAGAAAGCGCCGCCGCCUCGCUGCCCCCCCCCACGGCCUCCUCCGGCAGCAAGCCCCGCCCCCCUCCUCCCCCGGCCAAUCGGGCGGUGCCAAAAAGCAACCAGGAGAUGACACAGACGUACUGUGUGGAGGACACGCCCAUCUGCUUCUCGAGAGGCAGCUCGCUGUCCUCGCUGUCGUCAGAGGAGGAAGAGGAGGACGGUGAUGUCAUCGGGAGGAAGAGGAGAGGCGGGAGCGUCGUCGGCAACGGCGGCAACGACUACCCGACACUUCCUGUCAGCGAGAAGGACGAGCAGCAGCAGCAGCGGCAGCAGAAGGAGGCGGAGAGUCAGACCGCUGCCGCCGCCGCCGCAGCCGCCGCCGCUCCCUCCGCACGCGGAAGACGAGGUCAUCACCACCAUCACGGCCACGCCCACCAUCACCACCACCAUCAUGUGACAUCAUCGUCCGGCGCCAGGACUCCUAAAAGUCCUCCGGAGCAGCCGUACGCUCAGGAGACGCCGCUGAUGUUCAGCCGCUGCACGUCCGUCAGCUCCCUCGACAGCUUCUCCACCUCCUCCAUCGCCAGCUCCGUGCGCUCCAGCGAGCCGUGCAGCGGCGUGCCGAGCGGCGUGGUGAGUCCGAGCGACCUGCCCGACAGCCCCGGCCAGACGAUGCCGCCCAGCCGCGCCAAGACGCCGCCGCUGCUGCAGCCGCCGGCGCAGAAGAUUAAAGAAGAAGAAAAGUCCAAGAAAAAGGACGAGGAGGAGAGCAGCGCCGACGUCCUGCUGCACUUCGCCACCGAGAGCACGCCGCACGGCUUCUCUCGAGCCUCCAGUCUGAGCGCGCUCAGUCUGGACGAGCCGUACAUCGCGGCAGAGAUGAAGAAGAAAGAGGAGGAGGAGGAGGAGGCGCAGGGAGGGAGGGAGGAGAGGAAGGAGGAGGAGAAACAGGUCCUCGACGAAUCGGACGACGAUGACGACAUCGAGAUCUUGGCCGCGUGCAUCGACAUGGCCAUGCCUAAGUCGUCACGGAAACCAAAGAAACAGCAACAGGCGGCGCCACGGAAACCGAGCCAGCUUCCUGUCUACAAGCUCUUCCCGCCUCAGAGCCGCGGCCAAUCACAGCAGAGGAAGGACGUGGUGCCGCCCCCCGCGGAGGAAGUGCCCAGAGUUUACUGUGUGGAGGGAACGCCGCUCAACUUCUCCACCGCCACCUCGCUCAGCGACCUCACCAUCGACUCGCCACCCAACGAGGAGGCGGCGCCGGCCGUCGCGCCCGCGGCUCCGCCCGGCGCUGCCCAGAGGAGGCGGGCGGGACUUCCUGAGGGAGAGAACGGUGACGACAUCCUGGCUGAGUGCAUCAGCGCCGCCAUGCCCAAAGCCAAACCCAGGAAGCCCGUCAGAGCGGCUAACGGCGAGCACCUCCAAGCCCCGCCCCUCGCUCCCCCGCUGCCCCCCUCCGCCCCGCCUCCGCUCGGCCCGCAGCAGCAGAAGAAGAAACCGACGUCGCCGGUGAAGCCGAUGCCUCAGCGGGCGCCGUACAGCGUCGCGGCCAAAGCGAAACCAGGAUUCGCUUUCGACUCUCCUCGCCACUACACGCCCAUCGAGGGCACGCCGUGCUGCUUCUCACGCAACGACUCGCUGAGCUCGCUCGACUUCGACGAAGACGAAGGCGGCGCGGAGAAGGACGAAGAGGAGAAGAAAACAAAAGAAGAAGAAGGCAGGAAGAGGAAGCAGCAGACGGCGGCGGUUUUCCCUCGAACCAAACUUCCCUCGAACCCGCCGGACGAGCAGCAGAAGUUCUCCAUCGAGGACACGCCCGUCUGCUUCUCCAGGAACUCGUCGCUCAGCUCGCUCAGCGACAUCGACCAAGAGAACAACAACAAGGAGUUCGCCCCGCCGCCGCCGCCCGAAAAACAAGAUGGAGGCAAAGCCAAGUCCCCGCCCCAGCCGCCGCAGGCAGAGUCGAAGCCCCGCCCCCCCGCCGCCAGCGGCUACGCCCCCAAAGCGUUCCACGUGGAGGACACGCCCGUCUGCUUCUCCAGGAACUCGUCGCUCAGCUCGCUCAGCAUCGACUCGGAGGACGACCUCCUGCAGGAGUGCAUCAGCUCCGCCAUGCCCAAGAAGAAGAAGAAAGCCUCCGCCGCCACGCCGCUUCCUGUUCCCAAAUCAGACGACAACAUUCUGGCCGAAGAGCAGCCGUCGGAGGCACCUCGAAGCCCCGCCUCCCCUGACUCCGAGUCGUUUGAUUGGAAGGCCAUCCAAGAAGGCGCCAACUGCAUCGUCAGCAGCCUGAACGCCGCCGCCGCCGCCUCGUCUCUGUCGCGCCAGCCGUCCUCCGACUCCGACUCCGUGCUGUCGCUCAAAUCCGUCGGCUCGCCGUUCCGCCUGCCGACGGCCAACAACAACGCAGACGAGGAAGAGCAGGGGGAGAAGGAGGAGGCGCUGAAGCGAGGCGCCAAGAUCUUGAAGCCGGGAGAGCGCAGCACGCUGGAGGCCAAGAAGAAGAAGGAGGAGGAAGAGGAAGAGGCGGCGAAGGCGCUGCGAGGCGGGAAGAAGGUCUACAGGAGCCUGAUCACCGGGAAGCCGAGGGAGCCGGCCGCCAGGGGCCGCAGCAAGCCCCGAGCGGCCGCCGCGGCUAAAGCUCCGGGAAGCAGCGACGGCGCCGACAGAGGGGCGUCGUCACGAGACUCCACCCCCUCGCGCUCCUCGGCAGCCAAUCAGAAAGCAGGAAAGCUGUCGCAGCUGCCUCGCACCGCGUCUCCAGGAAGUGCGUCGUCGUCGACCUCCAGACCGGCCAAACAGAGCGGGACGGCGAGGAGCGGCGCCGGCAUCCCGAGGAGCGAGUCCGCCUCCAGAGUCGGCGCCAAGAAGCCGAAGGAGGCGGAGAAGCCGGCGCUCGUCCGCCAGUCGACCUUCAUCAAGGAAGCUCCGAGUCCCACGCUGAAGAGGAAGCUGGAGGAGUCCGCCGCCGCCGCCGCCGAGUCUCCCACCAGCCCCGACGCUCCGCUGCCGGCGAGCAGCAAGAGACACGACGUCAACCGCUCCCACUCCGAGAGCCCGUCGCGCCCGCAGGAAGCGACAUCAUCGCGCUUCAGCCGCACCGGCACCUGGAAGCGGGAGAACGGCGGCGGCGGAGGAAACGGCGGCAAACACUCGACCUCGUUACCCCGCGUGGGGACGUGGAAGCGGACGGGAAGCUCGUCCUCGGUGCUGUCGGCCUCGUCGGAGUCCAGCGAGAAGGGGCGGAGCGAGGAGGAGGGCGCCGGCCGCUCCAAAGGAACGUGGAGGAAGGCGAAGAGCGGCGAGGCGUCCGGGCGGAGCGGCGAGCAGCCGGAGGACGUGUGGGUGCGUCUGGAGGACUGUCCCGUCAACAACCCGCGCUCCUCCUCUUCCUGUUCGGCUCGCUCUCCCAGCGCCACCAACGCCCCGCCCGUCAUCGACAGCCCCGUCCCCAGUAAGAUCCCCUCCUCGUCCUCGUCUUCGUCCUCCAACCUCAACCUGCGCCGCAGCUGCGAGAGUCUCGACGAGAAGCCGCCGCCGCCGGAGCGGCCACAGCAGGCGCGUGGGCAGCAGCGUAGCGGCGCCGUGGCGGCUCGCGUCAGUCCCUUCAACUACACGCCGAGUCCCAGGAAGAGCAGCGCUGAGGUCAUCACCACGGCGACGCCCACCACCACCACCACGUCCUCCUCCACCACGCCCACACGGCCCUCCCUCAUCCCCACGCCCGUCACCAAGAAGCGGGAGCCGAAGGGAGAGGGAGGCGGAGCCGGCGGCGGCGGCGGCGAGCGCGGCUCGUACAUCGUCACGUCGGUGUGAAAAGAAAUGGGACACAAAAUGGCCGCCGCAGCCGGGACACAGAAUGGAGGACGUGUAAAUAUGACGUCAGUGUUUGUGGACUGUACAGGAAGUGAGUCUGUAUUUAAGUGCUAGCCCCGCCCCCUCGCCUCCCUCCUCCCCUCUCAUUGGCUCCUGUCACCUGUCAGUCAAGCUUCUUCACAGAUGAACUUUUUAUGUUUUUUAUACCACUAAAAUGUGUAGCGCUUAGCCCCGCCCCCUCUGCCUGUCACCCCGCAUGGCCCCGCCCCCACCUAACUGACCGUUACCAUGGUGACAUAACGACGACGAUGAUAACGAUGUUCCUGCUAGCGUAGCGUCCGAGCUCGUUCUGCUCACGUGUCAUGGUUUUAUUUUCAGGAAGUUUGUUCUAAAAACACAAAAACAUUAAAACAUUAAAAC